GCCUUCGCAGGAUGAACAAAUAAAGAAAUAUUCUUUGUUAUGGCUUCGAUGACUCAGAAGAAAAAAUGUUGGAAAAAGAAGCUCACUCUGGAAUUGAAGGUUUACAUGCACUGCAAAGGCUGUGAAAGUCUGGUGUUCAUGACCCUAAGAAAAAUGAAAGGGGUUGAGGAGGUCAAAGUUGACAUGGAUGGCAACAAGGCCGUCGUAAUCGGUCAAAUAAAGCCAGAAAAAAUUGUGAAGAAGCUCAGAAAGAAAGCAGGCAAGAAGGCAGAGAUUCUAACGGUAGAAGAAGAGAUUUUGGUAAGUAAAAAAGGUGAGGAUUUGAAUGAGGUGAAAAUGGAUAAUAUUAUUGUUUUUGAGGACCUUAGUGAAAAUAACCAUGACGAAUAUUUCUUUUUGUUUAGUGAUGAAAACCCUAAUGCAUGUCUUAUUAUGCCGUCGUUUAAAGUGCAGCAAAGCGAACGGCCGACAUUUUCUGAUGAGUUACUUGCAGUUACAGAAUCUCCUCAUCUCCUCAGCCAUUUGACUUCAAAUUCGCCCCCAUUAAUCAGAGAAAGAAACGUAAUAGUCAUCGGAAUUCAAACCGAUGCCUUCCUCGCCGCCGCCGCCGGAGAUCGCCUAAUCCGCCGCCAACAUGUUCAUCCGGUGCCCCUCCGUCUGGAAGCGGAAGACGGGGGCGGUGCGGUUUACCUCAACGUCUACGAUCUCACACCCAUCAACGGGUACGCUUACUGGUUCGGUCUCGGUGUCUACCAUUCCGGUGUUCAAGUGCACGGAGUGGAGUACGCAUACGGGGCGCACGAUCAUCCAACCACGGGAAUCUUCGAUGCGGAGCCGCGAUCGUGCCCUGGGUUCGUGUUCCGAAAAUCGAUUUUGGUUGGGGGGACGGAUUUAGGGCCGGAAGAGGUGCAGGAUCUGAUGGAGGAGCUCGCCGGGAGCUACACCGGUGAUACCUACAAUCUCAUCUCCAAGAACUGCAAUCAUUUCUGCAACGACGUGUGCAUUCGCCUGACCGGCAAUGCCAUACCCAGCUGGGUCAAUCGCCUCGCGAAUCUCGGGUUUUUCUGCAAAUGCGUACUUCCGGUGCACGUAGCGGCGGUUAAAAGCCGCUCGGAGGAGGGGAACGCCGGCGGCUUCGACGGCGAGCGACGGCGGUUGAGGAGCGGCUCUACGCGUUACGGCGAUGUAGGCGACGGCGAGAAGCAGUCGUCGGUCAACUCAGAA